AAAAAAGUUCAUUUCGCGUUUUUAACAAAUUCAACUUCUCAAAGAAAAAUGUCUACUUCCUGCAAAGAGUUUGCAAUUAGCCAAACUAUCAAGAAUAUCUCACAAUUUGUGGACGAGGAGCAGUACUUUACUGAUGUAGAAGAAAGGUUCAAUAUUCCAUGGUUAGUUCAGUUAAUUUCUUUUUAAACAUUGGUAACCAACGUGUUACAGGAGAAUUAGGAUAUGGAGGCACAAUGGUUAUCUGGUAUUAUAUUUGCAAUGUGACAAAGAACAAUGUGAAACCAGAAAAUGACCGUCGAAACUGAGUUUACAAUGAAGUUGGUGUCUCCUUAUGGAAAUAGUUUGACAAGGAAUCAAGUGCACAUAUUUAAAGAGCUGAAUAGAAGAGGUUGGCGCAAUUUCAUCAGUUGGGAGGAACUGGAGAGAGACUAUGUAGUUGAUGAUAGUAUCAUAAUUGAAGCGCACGUCAAGAUUAUUAAAAUUUCAAAUAUCACGUGCAUUGCUCGCAAGAACCUGAAAACAUUUAUGCUGAAUAAAACUGUUAGAAAUGUUUCCAACAUUCGAGAAGGAAGUAGAUAUCAUACUAACACUGAAGUUCGUUUUGGUAUUCCAUGGUGUCUCGUGAUUCAAAGAAAAGAUGGAUUCUUCAAAUUAUUCCUACGAUGCUAUAAACAAGCGUCUAGAAUCAAUAAUUGGUCUAUCCGAGUUGAGUACACGCUAAAAUUGAUGUCAGUAGAUGGUCAGAGCCUACUAUUCAACACAGAACACACUUAUACAGAUGAAACGGAUUGCGGCUGGGAUAAGAUAAUCAGAUGGAAGGAUAUGGAUGAGAGAUUUCUGGUGAAUGACAGUAUCAUUAUUGAAGUUCGCGCGAAGAUUGUCGAGAUGACUGGAUGUGAGGAUGUAGAUGAUUUGAACGAAGAGUUCUCUUUUAUUAUGUG